AUUGCACAUGGAGACCUGUUGCCAUGGGAAUGGAGGCCAAGACCGCACCACCAUCCUACCAAACAACCACCUCUCACACACCCUCCCUCCGAAAAAACUAAACUGCAGCGGCCUGACCAGCAUCGCGGAGGAAGCAGAAGUGGUCUGUCGAUCCCAGGAACAGCGCCUGGAGCAACGAUGACUCCAAAUUUGGCCAAAAGAUGUUGGAGCGAAUGGGGUGGUCUAAGGGCAAGGGACUGGGCAGGACGGAGCAAGGAUCCACCGACCAUAUCAAAGUUAAAGUAAAAAAUGACAGCUAUGGGCUUGGAGCAAAUGCCAGUCAUGAAGAUAAAUGGAUCGCUCACCAGGAUGAUUUUAAUGAGCUUCUUGCUCAGCUGAACAACUGCCAUGGUCAAAACAGCAAUGGAACUCCCCCAGAGGAGCCGAGAGGCUUCAGCUUGGAAGAGAAAUCCAAGACUUCCAGAAAGAGGGUCCAUUACAUGAAGUUCACUAAAGGAAAGGACCUGUCCUCCCGCAGUGAAACAGACCUCAACUGUAUCUUUGGGAAGAGAGCCAAACCUCCCAAAGAACAGGAACAGGAGAGCAACAGCGGGGACUCUUCUCAAGGCGAGACGGAGGAAAACGCCGCCGCCGCCGCCGCUCCCUCUGAACUGGAUCCGGAGUCCAUCACCAACACGGUGACGAGCACUCUGACCAUGCAGGAGUAUUUUGCGCAGCGAAUGGCCCGGCUGAAGAACGGCCGAGGGGCCCGGAGCGCAGCAGCCUCUGAAGAAACCAGUCCCGCCCGUGAUGAUACGGAAGAGCCCAAAAAGAAGAAGAAGAAGAAAAAGAAAAACAAGAAAUCCUCUGAAGAGGUGGAAGAGGAGAUGAGCAAUCCUGUCAUAGCAAUAGACGGCGAAGAGAAUCACGAGCCUUCGAAGAAAAAGAGGAAAACGGCGAAAGAUGACCACGCCGUCACUGAGAACUGCGAGGAUCCGUCCUCGACCAGGAAGAAAAAGCUUAAAAAGCUAAAUCUAGAUGACGAGCUGCAGAAUGGACUGGAUCAAACUGAAAAUCAGAGCGCAGAGUCAGAGGUUACACAGAAAAAGAAGAAGAAGAAGAAGAAACACAGGGAGGAGGGAGGGGAGGGGGUGGACAGUGUGGCGACGGAGGACACGGACGAGUCGGUUCAGAAGAAACCCAAAAAGAAAAAGAAGAAGAGGGAAUAGGACUGUGGGACGAAGUUGAACCAUUUAGAUUUAAGAGGAUUUGAUCAUUACUGAGACUCACUCCUGUGAAGUGAAGCAUCUUUAGAGGAAUAUCAGACGCCCCCUUCAUACAGAAGAUAAUAACAGACUGUUUUUCUCAGACACAUUUUAUCAUAUAAAACAAGUCAGAAAACCCCGUUCCUGCCCUAUGUAAACCCCAUGAAAUGCUCCACUGCUGGAGGAAAUCGGGUUUUUUCCCCUGACAGUGAAAUGACAAGGUUAGCGUCACUGCUGAUCGCUGUACGAGGAAUGCAUUAAAAAAAAAGUCACUGUUAAUUCUUAAACUUUGUGCAGAUGGAUCAAGCAGAGUUUGAGCUUUUUCGACACAGCUGAACAAGUUUUGACUGAAUCAUCUUGAAGAGAAGCGCCAGAGACCGUGUAUCUUGACAUUAGUCCCAUAUUUGAUAUAAACAGGUCAGUUGCAGCGUUGUGGAAAUACCUGUGUUUCCUCGACGUUGAAAUUCCUAGAAAUUGUUUUGUCAGUUUAGUAUCAAGAAAUACAGCCCAAACAAGUUUUUUUUUUCCAUAUGUCACAAAUGCAAAUUAUAAGAUGUGACACAAGUUUCAGCAAACCAACUGGUUGUGCUUCAUUUGGAUCGUACCUUUUUAAAUCUAGUGGUCGUGCAUAAUGAGCUUUUUUCCCUUUUGUGAAAUAAAAUGAAAUAAUUAAAAAAAAAAAAAGCUGACGUGUAAAUAAAAUGUCUGAGAAGUGAAGUGCAGUCAUUUUUCACAGUGAGUCUCUGCCGGUGUGGAGGAGCUCUGAAUGUUUGGCACGUGUCGAGCCGCUGUCGCCACCCGUUGGUGCAGAUUCAUUCCUUUUAAUUUCUUCGUAAACGCCUA